GUCAAAGAGCCAAUCAAACGGAGCGCUGCUACUCGUAACAUGCAACACAUCCAUACAGUAUGAAGCCCUAUGGGUACAGAGGCGCUAGGAAAAUCACGGAGCUGGGACCUUACCACCUCUCUCUCUCUCUCUUUCUCUGGCCGUCAGCGGACUCCUUUCUCUGCACACGUCUUUGCCUGAAAUGUGUGUGCGCGCGGCAGAGAGAGCAGGAAUAAAGUGUGUGUGUGCGCGUGAGGGUGCAUGUCCGGAGCAAGUAAAGGCAGGGGGAUUAUUCGGCGCUAUCGAAAUAUUUCAACACGUCGCCCUCGCUGCAGGACUGAAGCCAAUAAGAAGGAACGCAUUUUAACAGGAAUGCCGAUAUUGUAAACAGCAGCAGAGGAGAAAGAAUGCGCUGCAGUCAAUUAAGUGACUCACCCGAGUUGCUUUAAUUCGACUAAUGUCCGCGAGCCAGCGAGACGCACAAAGGUGUCCGAUGCGCGUCAGCCUCUGAAGAAAAUCGCUCUCGCAGCACUUGUGAAGAAGAAUGGAGAACUUUUUUACAUUUCUCUGUGCUGGCUUUUGAACCAAACUCAGCAAACACUCUCCCCGCCACUUGUGAAAAAUACUUGGAUUCUUAUUUCUGCAGUUUAAGGAGGAAUUUCCAAAGCCUUUCCAUUUUAUUUUUCUCUUUUUUUGUUGUUUGUUUGCUCCUGUUGAGCGCGAGCUUCACUGUUAGAAACUCUCUAAAAAAAUCAAACCAGCCGUCUCCAUUUGUAGCCUGCACUUGGAUGAACUUCCUGAUGAGAGAUCCAGUCAUACAGGGAUCAAGUAUGGCAUAUCAUCCGUUUAUACCUCACCGGGGUCCGGAAUUUGCCAUGAGUGCAAUGCUGGGGCACCAGCCUCCGUUCUUCCCGGCCCUGGCGCUGCCUCCCAGCGGCUCGCUCUCUCUGCCGGGCGCGCUGGGGAAGCCGAUCAUGGACCAGCUGAUGGGAGCCGCGGAGACCGGCUUGCACUUCUCGUCGCUGGGGCACCAGGCUGCUGCUGCCCACCUCAGGCCCCUGAAGACUCUGGAGCCUGAGGAGGAGGUGGAAGACGACCCCAAAGUUCACCUGGAAGCCAAGGAGCUGUGGGAACUGUUCCACAAGAAAGGCACAGAGAUGGUGAUCACCAAAUCCGGAAGACGGAUGUUCCCCCCUUUCAAAGUAAGGUGCACCGGUUUGGACAAAAAGGCCAAAUAUAUUCUCUUGAUGGAUAUUGUCGCAGCGGACGACUGCAGGUACAAGUUCCACAACUCGCGCUGGAUGGUGGCCGGGAAGGCCGACCCCGAAAUGCCAAAGAGGAUGUACAUUCACCCGGACAGUCCAGCCACCGGAGAGCAGUGGAUGUCAAAAGUAGUGAAUUUCCACAAACUCAAGCUGACGAACAACAUCUCUGACAAGCAUGGAUUUGUAAGUUCAACUAAUACUAUACUCAACUCCAUGCACAAAUAUCAGCCUCGCUUUCACAUCGUGAGGGCCAACGAUAUCCUCAAACUCCCGUACAGUACCUUCAGGACGUACGUUUUCCCCGAGACGGAUUUCAUAGCCGUCACUGCUUAUCAAAAUGACAAGAUAACACAGCUGAAAAUUGACCACAAUCCAUUCGCCAAAGGAUUCCGUGACACUGGCAAUGGAAGACGGGAAAAGAGGAAACAGCUGGCUCUGCAGUCCAUGCGUUCGUACGAGGAGCAGCAGAAAAAGGAAAACGGCGCUUCAGACGACUCCUCCGGAGAGCAGGCUCCCUUUAAGUGCUUCGGCCAGGCCUCGUCCCCUGCAGUGUCUACCGUGGGCCCCCCACACCUUAAAGAUUUCUGCGAUAGCGACGAGGACAGCGAUGACGAGAGCAAAGAUGGACACCUCAAAGACGGCCCUGACUCUAGCAAGAUUUCCACGACCACGGAGGACGGCAAGGACCACGAGGCGAGCCCAGCCAAGGGGCACGCCUUCAGCAGUAGUGACACUGGCAGCAGGAGCAGGGACAACAGCGCGAGGACUGAGAAAAGCCAGGCGGACUCGCGGCACAGCCCCAUCACGCUCAUCUCCAGCACCACGCGCUCCGGAGAGGAGCUGAAGAGCCCGAGCCUGGAGCAGCCCAAAGCGGACGAGUGCAGGCCAAUCGGCAAAGACAGUUUCAUGCCUCUGACUGUGCAGACUGACAGCGCGCACUUAGGCCACGGACACUUGCAUAAUUUUGGAUUUCCAACGGGCCUCACGGGACAGCAGUUUUUCAAUCACCUCGGGAGCGCGCACCCGUUUCUCUUGCACCCCAGUCAGUUCAACAUGGGAGGCGCGUUCUCGAACAUGGCCGCGGGCAUGGGGCCACUUUUGGCAGCUGUAUCCACAGGAGGGGUGAGCACCAUGGACACGACAAGUAUGGCAUCACCCCCGCAAAGCUUGACGGGAGCGCCGGGUCUGCCCUUUCAUCUGCAGCAACAUGUCUUGGCAUCACAGGGCCUCGCCAUGUCUCCCUUCGGCAGUCUCUUCCCCUACCCGUACACGUACAUGGCAGCAGCCGCUGCAGCUUCCUCUGCAGCCUCCUCUUCGGUGCACCGGCACCCCUUCCUGAACGCCGUGCGACCCCGACUCAGGUACAGCCCUUACUCCCUCCCCAUGACGGUACCGGACAGCACUCUGCUCACUACCGCCCUGCCCUCCAUGGCCGGCAGCGGGAACGAGCUGAAGGAGGGAGGGAUAGUCCCCGCGAGCCCCGUGUCCGGUGUCACCCUGGAUUCCACGUCGGAGGUGACCAGCCACUCGUCCACCAUUUCAUCCGGUUCGGUUUCGUUGUCCCCAAAAACUUGCAACGCGGAGAAGGACGUCGCCAAUGAGCUGCAGAGUAUCCAACGCCUGGUCAGCGGACUGGACUCGAACCAGGACAGGCCUCGGAGCGGGUCCCCUUAGGAUUUUUUAAAAAUUUGUUGAACAGCACCACCUUCUUGUUUCGCUGUUGUCCUGAAUAUUGUUGACGGUGAUGAAGACAGAGUAGGAGGACACACUCGUAGCUUCGUGCAGGUUUUAAAGAGGAAAAAAACUGUUUUAGUUUCUGAAAUGCACUUUGGUUAAUACACAUCUGAUAUGUAUAUUUUUUCUUUCUUUUAUGUUAAAUUAAACACUUUAAUCCUGUCAUUUGAAUACCGUACAAGUAUUGAAACUAAAAAGUUGGCAUGGGCGUGACUUAAACAGGUUUUUAGGAGAAGUUGCUGCUGUGUCCUGUCUCCUAAAACUUUUAUUGUACACGUGGAGAAAUGUGGUUUAAUAUGCACUCUUAGAAGAUCGGAAUUAUUUGGAUCCACUCCCCUUGAACUUACCUGAGAGAGACUGCUGUAUUUUGUCAUACAAUUCAUCUCUGAUUGGCCAAAAGCUGCAUGCCCCCUGAAACCCAAUGGAUAUCAUUUUGAAACAAAAUUAUUUUUCUUUGCUUUAACGUAACCCCAGUUAGUUUUUUAAAGUAUUUUACUUCAUGCCUUUUGGAAUCAGAAAACAGGCCUGGUGCUACGUAAAAAACGUUCUGUUCAAGCAUGCGCAACUCAGCCCAAAUGUCCAGCAGGCAAAGGGAAGCAAAAACUAAAUACUGAAAAGAAUGAAAGGUAGUAUUGAUUAAAAGGUGUACAUAGGGAUAUAUAAAAUAUUUAUGUAAUUAUUUCAUAUUGUUAUUGCGUGUAAAUACAACGGAGUAGUUUGUUUUUAGGGAUCUGUUCUUAAUUUAUUGUCGAUAUACCUGUGUAAAGAUAGUUCGUGGGAUAUUUACCAUUUUGUUGCCAUCUACAUUUACACCCCACCCUGAACCACCUUAAAUAUGAACUUUAUCCCUCCCUUUCUCCCUCUAAAUAUCCACUGAGCUAGUUAUUCACACUCAUGUGCCAUUCAUUGUAUUUUUCUUUUCUUUUUUUUACUAUCCCCCGUGUGUGAAGUGCUACUGUUUCAAAAACGAAUGACAAAAAGCGACAACGCACUGCACCAAUGGCUUGAGAAUUUUUUUUUUCCAAGAAAAGAAAACAGAAGUGUUGUUUAAGUGUGAAAAAGUGGACUAUUUUUCUGUUAAAAUAUUUUUUUUUUUUUUUGCGAAGCUGACCGUAAAAGUGCCGCAUAAUCGAAAAAGAUGAAGGUUUCUGAUUUUUGUUUUCCAUACGUUGUCAAUGGGUUCUGUUGUUAUUGGAGUUCUGUCUAGUUUACAACAUCGACAUCGUGUUCUUGAAAGUUUCAAUAAAAUAUUUAAAUGCCCUUUUUUUUUUGGAGUGUGUGUCCCUCGCUUUUCCACAAAAUUUUUUAAUGAGAAGAGACAUCGCGAGAUAUUGUAGGAAUGGCGACGAAGUCUCUUACUCUACUUUAGUGAACGCACGUGGAGAUAUGUGCCUUGAAAGAGAGUAAUUAAGAUAACUCAGGUCAGAGCAAAGACCCCCAAAGACCCUCUGAGCUCCAGAGAUCAUACCUGGGAUUCCUACCUGGACUAGAGGCAUGCGCACUGUCACUGUUUUUAUUGGACUCAUUGGCGUCAACUGCGAACAUCAAUCAAUCCGUGUUCCUUUACCAAAUCACAGCUAAA